AUGCACAACCUCAAGAGGCUUCAAAUAAUGCACAACCUCAAGAGGCUUCAAAUAAUGCACAACCUCAAGAGGCUUCAAAUAAUGCAUAACCUCAAGAGGCUUCAAAUAAUGCACAACCUCAAGAGGCUUCAAAUAAUGCAUAACCUCAAGAGGCUUCAAAUAAUGCAUAACCUCAAGAGGCUUCAAAUAAUGCACAACCUCAAGAGGCUUCAAAUAAUGCACAACCUCAAGAGGCUUCAAAUAAUGCACAACCUCAAGAGGCUUCAAAUAAUGCACAACCUCAAGAGGCUUCAAAUAAUGCACAACCUCAAGAGGCUUCAAAUAAUGCACAACCUCAAGAGGCUUCAAAUAAUGCACAACCUCAAGAGGCUUCAAAUAAUGCACAACCUCAAGAGGCUUCAAAUAAUGCACAACCUCAAGAGGCUUCAAAUAAUGCACAACCUCAAGAGGCUUCAAAUAAUGCACAACCUCAAGAGGCUUCAAAUAAUGCACAACCUCAAGAGGCUUCAAAUAAUGCAUAACCUCAAGAGGCUUCAAAUAAUGCACAACCUCAAGAGGCUUCAUAUAAUGCAUAACCUCAAGAGGCUUCAUAUAAUGCACAACCUCAAGAGGCUCUAUAUAAUGCACAACCUCAAGAGGCUUCAAAUAAUGCACAACCUCAAGAGGCUUCAAUAA